UAUGUGAAGCCACAAAAAUCCCUUUUCAGUCAGCAAUCUCUUUUCUGUUCACUCGUUUACUUUUCGGAGAAAGCAGGCAGAUGUUUUUCUCGUCAUUAAUGGGGCUGAAUCAUUCAGUGGUGACCAAUUGAGACAAGAAACUGAUUCAUCAUUAAGCACAUGUCCUUCAGUUCAGAGUGAAAUGUAACUCAAACGUAGAGCAUUGAGAAGCCGGUGUUUCUGACACUACAAGAAGGUCCACUACACAAGAAUUAGAAAAAGGACCAGGAAGAAGUCAUAAUGGAGGUUCUAUGGUGUCUCUAUGUCAUCCUGCUCCUCCCCCUACUAACCUGCUCCAGCCAACCACAGCCCUUUAAAAUGCAUCCCCCUGGCAAGCCGACCGUCACCAAUGCCUCAAUCGCCUGGACACCAGGAGGUCCCAUUUCAGAAAUGAUAUCCAACUAUGACUUCCAACUGCAGUGGAAACAGGAACUACAUCACUGGGAGGAUGCUGUGGAGGUGAACAUAUCAAACAAACAGACGUAUUUUGACCUGGACCCUGAGAGGCUGGAGAGAGGAAGGUGGUACCAGGUCAGAGUCAGGGUUCGAGCCGACCCAGACUAUUACCCAGACUGUCAGUGGAGCGACUGGAGCCCCAGUGCAUCAUGGGUGUCUGCUGUGGGCCAGAUGAAGCCACAGCCAACAGGUCUGCAGUGUGUCAAUGACUUCAUCAGUAACAUCACAUGUGUGUUGAACAACACAUACGUGCCCCCAGACAUGCCUUGCACUCUGCAUGGUAAAUACCCCGGGUUUAAAAGGCAAUGUGAGAUGAAGUCCUUGGGAGGUUCCAACACAACUUUGAGAGGCGGCAGUCUGGUCUUUGAGGGCAAUCCACACUUUUGUGACGAUGAUGAAAUACCCAUUGGUGUACAGUGUGGACAAGCAGAAGAUUAUGUGAUAAAGAUUAACUACCUGUAUCAGCCAUUUAACCACAUUAAAAUGCAUCCCCCUGGCAAGCCAAACAUCACCAAUGCCUCAAUCGUCUGGACACCAGGAGGUCCCAUUUCAAAAAUGAUAUUCAACUAUGACUUCCAACUACAGUGGAAACAGGAAGUACAUCACUGGGAGGAUGCUGUGGAGGUGAACAUAUCAAACAAACAGACGUAUUUUGACCUGGACCCUGAGAGGCUGGAGAGAGGAAGGUGGUACCAGGUCAGAGUCAGGGUUCGAGCCGACCCAGACGAUUACCCAGACUAUCAGUGGAGCGACUGGAGCCCCAGUGCAUCAUGGGUCUCCACUCUGGGCCAGAUGAAGCCAACAGGUAGUCCUGAUGUUCUAGACCAGGACUUUGUGGUGGUCACCGUGGUGGGAGCUGUUGUUGUACUGGUCCUGCUGGUCUCCAUGUUGCUCUGCAAAGGAAAUGCUGACAGGGUCAAGAAGAUUCUGAAUCCUCCUAUACCAGAUCCCUCCAGGUACUUUGAGGGCCUCAAACUCCAUCACGAUGGAAACUUCAAGGCUUGGCUGGGUCCUUUGUUUGCCUUUGAAUCCGUCGACUCUGCCUUGCACCGUGAAGACAUCUCCCAGGUAGAGAUUACCAACAGCAUUGGCACCAUCGCCCCCCUGAGGAGGGAGACCGGUACUGCACUACUACUGAAGAAGAGAUUGGACAACAGUGGCCGCUCCGACUUCAGCAACUUCUUAUCUCAAUGCUCCCAGCCUAGAUCCACCUCCAUCAAGCUGGAACCCUGCUCUGUACACUCCCCUUACGGACCAGUAGGUGGCACUACUGAAGAGAUAGAAGAGUGGAAGGAGGAAAACGGAGGAGAAAGGAUGGAUAGUAAUAGAGGUGUAGGGGGGAAGGACGGAGAUAUCAGGGGUGGAGGGAAGGAUGGAGAGAUGGGGGGUGGAGGGAAGGAUAGAGAGAUGUUGGGUGGCAGUAUAUUUGGAGGCAUCAGUGGAGGUAAAGAUAUCGUCCAGGUUUCUUCUUAUGAGCGUGUUGAGAAUAUCCAGGCCCAGCGUCGGGCCCUCAUAAGCCCAGAUUUAGGCAUCGGCAGUGGGGGAGAAGAUCAGGAAAGUCAGGAGAGUGUGGAGGAGGCGGACAGGCCUACUUCGACCAUCCCCCAUUUUGUCUCUCAGGACUUCCAUCUUGUUCCACGUCUUCCUCUUAUCAAUAACAAUAACUUUCCAUUCUGCUCCACCCCCUUACCCAUUUCCCUGUCCGCUUUCCCCCAGCUUCCCUUCACCCUACCUGGGUUGGAUAGUGUAGGGGGAAAGGGUAUGGAGAUGGAGGUUGGAGGAGGUUCUCUCACAAUGUCUUCCUCCUAUGAACGUGUGGAUAAUCUCCAGCUCCAGACCCAAUGCCGUGCCCCUCAGAGCCCAGAUUCAGGCAUUGGCAGUGGGGGAGAGGAUCAGGAAAGUCAGGAGAGCAUGGAGGAUGCGGUCGGGCCAACUGUGACCGCCUGUAACCAUAUCCCUCUUAUUACCACUAACAAUAUAUUUCCAUUCUGUUCCACUCCCUUACCAAUCCCGCUGGAUGUUUUACCCCAACUACCCUUCACCUUCUCUGGUUUGGGGUUGGAUCCAUCCCUGGGACCCAGUACUAGUACCAGUCAUCAAGACAGGCUCCUGGAGGAGAUGUCUCUCCUGUCUUCUUCAAUGGCAAUAGAGCCCUCUAGUGUCGGCUACAUGCCAGUGAAAGAAGCUCAGAACUGAACUAUGACAACAUUUUACUAGGGAGGGACUAAUGAUUUAUAAAUACACUAGAUGACUGACAGGCUGUUUUGAAGCCACCGCUCCUCCAUCUGGGCACUCCCCCUCCAUUGUAAAAAAUACUUUGGAUGCUAUAGAAAUGCAUUUACAAAUGUCUACAUUUGUUUUUACCACAUUUAUUCUAUUACAGACACACUUUUUUAAGAACUAAUGUAACUGUCCCCACUACAACAAAAAAUAUUUACAAAUAUGUCAUUUUGUCGUUGAAACAUUUCAAUGAAAUACUGUAGAAUUCCAUCCAUUCCAAUAAAGCUCCACAGUAGAGGUGUCAUAAUACCCAUAAAAUCUAGCGUUCAAACAGGGAAACGGUUCAAAUAGUUUUUCCACCAUUCAUUUUUCCCUUGAGGGAUUUUAGAAACACUUAAAAUAAGGUCUGUGGCCUCCUGAGUGGUGCAGUGGUCUAAAACUCUGCAUCACAACCUGUGUCAGAGCCCGGCCGUGAGUGGGAGCCCCAUAGGGCGGCACACAAUUGGCCCAGAGCGGCAUGGGUUUGGGUAGGGUUUGGCCGGGGGGCUUUCCUAGGCUUAUCGCACUCUAGCGACUCCUUGUGGUGGUGUUAAAGUGUUAAACAAAUCAAAAUAUAUUUUAGAUUCUUCAAAGUUGCCACCGUUUGCCUUGAUGACAGCUUUGCACACUCUCGGUGUUCUCUCAACCAGCUUCACCUGGAAUGC